AUGACACACCUCUCAAUUACGGGGCUGUACAGAGUUAAGGGAGACGCGGCAGCCGCGGCAGUCUGCACAGAGCCGCGGCUUCAGCUCCGUCCAUGUCGCUCUUCUUCAAGUUUCGGACAUUUAGUCUAUAGAAAGCUCGUGUACGCGUCGGGGAGUGAGGAGGGAAGCCGAGGAGGGGGGAGGUGCGUCGCAACGUGCGCGUGGCUCCGACCCCCGGCCCUCAAAUCUAAAUACUCUGGCCAGUCGUCGGCGAUCGCGCGUCGCGGGCGCGGGCGGGAUCCGGGCCGAGUUGCGACUGGUUGCAGCCUCACGGGGCCACUGACCGCGAGCCGGAGCAGCGGCGGAGGCACCAUGGAGUGUGGAGUGGCGGGCGCCUAUCCACCGAGGGCCCACGCCGUGCACGGGGCACACACGGCUCUGUCACCCACAGAACGUUCGCCAGCCAAAGCGGGGUUGCACGUCAACUUCAGUGAUAAGGGCGAGGUGAAGGAGCGCCGUGAAAAGUUCCUGACAGCAAAAUAUGGCAGCCACCAGAUGGCGCUGAUCCGGAAACGACUGGCCGUUGAAAUGUGGCUUUACGACGAGUUGCAGAAACUGUAUGAGUCACCUGCCACGACUGAGAGCGGCGCAGCCAGUGCAUCAGAUACCUCGCAAGAGGUAGAAGUUGACAUUGACGAACUGCUGGAUAUGGACAGCGAGGAGCAACGCUGGCGACAUCUUACGGUGUUGCUGGCGGAUGCUAAGAAACCACAAAAAGAUGUACAUAGAUUUAUAAAAGAUCUUCUAGAAAAGGCUAAAACGCUGUAA